UUUAACUAGUCAAAUCUUAGAUCUAAUAUCUCAUCUCAUAAUUCUAGUAUUAGGUAAAUAAAAAUAUAAUUUUAAUAUAGAUUCCGUGAAUCUUAUACCCAAAACCUCUUUCUAACAAUCUCAAACUAACACAACUCAAGCUAUCAUUAGGGUUAUAGAUUAUCGUUUUCAUUUUGAAAGAAUGGUAGAAUCGAUUUUGACUAGAUCAAUGGACAGUUUCGAUAGACACAUGCCUGCAAUAUUUUAACUAUGACUGGACUCUUAUACAUGGUUAAUGAUGAUAUAUAUUAAGCAUCCAUAUGGGCUGCUACUAACAGCAAUUAAGAAUUGAUGUUGAAUUGAUACAUGUGAAGAGAGAAUUUUUAUGCUUAUCCCAGUCUGACAGAUUCAGAUUUUCAGUUUCCGUAUGAUUAAAGCAAAGAUUUGGCUAUCGAAUCAAUGGCAGCGUACUUUCAUUGUAGCUCAGAAAUCCAAGCUCCUGAUGGGAUGCAAACCCUCUGUCUUCUGAACCAAAACUACGCCCCCUACUCUGACACAACAAUACUCCUCAGCCCCGCCGAUAACGCGCUAAACCCCUCAAACGUAUCCCACGCGCCGCCAUCCAAUCUUCCCCUUGUCGGUGUACCACUCCCUUCACCACUGCCCCACAUCUCUGAGGAUAUCAACAACCGUUCAUCUUUCUAUGGCAUCUUCUCCGGUGUACACCCAGACUUAUGGGCUUCGAUCGAACAAAAUUCAGCCACUAACCACUCACAGAUUGUCACCUUGGCGGCACGGGGCGAUGGUGGUCAGAUGGAGUUGCGGCGGAGGGCAUCUGAGAAUUCUCCUUCAUCGGUUUCUGUUGUUUCAAAUGGGAUUUCAAGUAUGGCGAGUGUUGUUUCGGGCUCUAAGUACAUGAAGGCUGCACAGGAGCUUCUUGAUGAAGUUGUUAAUGUUGGGAAGAUGAUGUCUGAAUCAACCCAAGGGAGAAAAGAGAAGAUGGAGUUGAUUAAAGAAACAACGGUUCUAAACGGAGAAGGGUCAUCAAACGGCGGUGAUGAAAGUAGUAGUGUCAAGAUUGCAGCCGAGUUAACAACAGCACAAAGACAAGAGCUUCAAAUAAAGAAGGGAAAACUUGUUAGCAUGCUUGAUGAGGUUGAGCGAAGAUACAGGCAGUACCACCACCAAAUGCAACUGGUGGUGUCCUUAUUCGAGCAGACGGCGGGUUUUGGCUCAGCAAAAUCUUAUACUUCUCUGGCUUUGCGCACAAUCUCAAAGCAAUUCCGGUGUCUUAAAGAUGCAAUUUCUGGGCAAAUGAAGGUCACAAGCAAGAAAUUAGGUGAAGACGUUUUGUUAGGAGCAACGUUUAAGAGCUGCAGACUCAAAUACGUUGAUCAUCAGAUUCGACAACAACGAGCUCUACAACAGUUGGGAGUGAUGCAACAUAAUGCUUGGAGACCUCAGAGGGGCUUGCCUGAACGCGCCGUUUCAGUUCUUCGUGCUUGGCUCUUUGAACACUUCCUUCACCCGUAUCCUAAGGAUUCAGAUAAACUCAUUCUCGCGAAGCAAACAGGACUUACCAGGAGCCAGGUGUCUAACUGGUUUAUAAAUGCUCGAGUUCGCCUCUGGAAGCCAAUGGUUGAAGAAAUGUACUUGGAGGAGACGAAGGAACAAGAACAAAAUGAUUUUGAGGAGUAUGCAAGCAGACCCAAUAACCAGGAGUCAUUUAAACUGGAGCAAAUGAAAGCGUUUCAAGAUAAAGAGGGAAAAUCAACAAACCAAAAUGCUUCUCCGACUAAACUUUCGAAUUCAACGAUAUCGAUGUCCCCCAUGGGAGGAACUCUUCACGCAAAAACUGGAUUUAAUCUCAUUGGAUUAUCUGACCUUGAAGAUGUUGUUCAAAGAAAUGCAAAGAAACCAAGGAGUAGUGCUCAUGAAAUAGAUAAGUUCGGUGGUGAAAGGCUGAGCAAAGAUGGGUACUCGUUAAUAACAAGCACUGCCAACCAUGGCGGUGGAUUUGGAAGUUAUACAAUGGGUGAGAUGCAAAGGUUUAAUCCCGAUGAUCAACUGGCUCCUACAUUUCAUGGAAACGGUGUUUCUCUCACUCUUGGCCUUCCCCAUGGUGAAAACCUAUCUGUGUCUGGAAACCGACAAAGUUUACUCUCCAGCCAGACCAUUCAGUUGGGAAGAGGGCUCGAACUAGGAACAAGCCCACAACCUUCUCAUUCCGGUGCCGGUUUUGAAAACAUUGAUAUUCAAAACAGAAAGAGGUUUGCUGCCCAAUUGCUGCCAGAUUUUGUGACCUAAAGACUUCCAUGAACAGCGUCAACUUUCGACUCUAUUUUAUAGCAAACAUCUUCUUUAUGUUGUUUAACUCUGCAUGGCAACUAUAUUUAAGUUAAAUCUCUAGUAUAUGGGCAAAAAAAAAAAAAAAAACCGAGAUUUGGAGGAUUAGUAUUCUCAAAUUCUAAAAAUUUGUAGACUGCAGGGGGGCAGGCAGGAGCAUAGGGGAAGGAUGAUUUGAGAGUUAAGAAAGACAAAUAGUAGUUUAGGUUUUUACUUAAGUAUUUACGUAUAUAUAAUUUAGUGGGCAAGUUUCAUUA